AUGCCGGAAAUGUCUCUUAAGGAUUCCAUAAUGACUUCUAUGAAUGCACAAGAACCAUGGCCAGACAAUGUGAAGUUGUUUCAGCCUUAUGAAGUUGAACAAAUUUUGCUACCUGAUAAUGCUAGCUGCCUUGCAGUUCAAGCUUUCUUAAAGAUGUGCAACCUUCCCUUUGAAGUGGAGAUGCGUUGGAAUGCAGAGUUUAUGUCACCUUCUGGCCGUGUGCCAUUUAUAAAAUGUGGUGCAUUUGUAGUAUCAGAAUUGGAACCUAUUGUUCAGUUUGCUGCUAAUAAAGGUGUGACACUUUGUGGUCGUUUAUCAACUGAGGAAAAAGCUGAAAUGCGAGCAUAUAUGAGUCUCAUCACCAAUGUUCUAGUAAACGCUGAGUUAUACAUAUCAUGGGUGGACACUGAAACCUUCAAUGCAGUGACGCGUGUUCGAAACGCGUCCGUGUACCCCUGGCCGUUGGGUUGGCUUCAAACGCGUUCUAAGCGGAACAAUGUUAUAAAGCGUCUAAAAGCUCUGCAUUGGUACAACAAGACUCUGGAUCAAGUUUUAGCUGAUGUUGAACAAUGUUGCAACUCACUAAGCCAGCGUCUGGGUGAUCGCGACUAUUUCUUCGGGACGCCAACUGAGCUGGAUGCCCUCGUCUUCGGUCACGUGUUCACAAUUAUAACAACGCGUCUCCCUUGCCGCAAACUGGCCGACAUCGUUCGGAGGCACGAGACACUUGUGGCGCUCGCCAAGCGCAUCGACGAGCAAUACUUUAAGCGGCCAUAG